AUGUUGGUAGAAGGCGAUGCACUCAGUUGCCUCCGGACAGGAAUAGAUGAAGGAAUCGGAGAAGAAGACGCAAAGAAAAAAUCUCCCUUCAGUGCGCCCAUCAUAUCAUGUAAUAGACAUUACAUAUCAUCCCACAACAGGGAAGGAUUUAGUGCAAAGUUUAACGAGGUAAAACAUGCGUUAGAAAACGAAACGAAAGAGUAUGAGAUCGAGGGUGGGUGGAGGAUAGAAAAGGAGGCGGAAGAUAAGGAGGAAUGGGUUAUGUUUUGUGGAUGGGAGAGUGUGGAGAAACACAUGGCUUUUAGUAAGAAGGAGAGCUUUAAAGAAUGGAGUGGGAUUGUGGAUUGGGUGGAGGGGUUUGAGGUUAGGCAUUUAAGAUUGAUUGAGGGGUUGUGAUUUGGGAUCCCUUGGAAGAAAAAUGGUGGAAUGGAUGUUUGAUUUUAGAUCAAAGCGACUUGGUUUGACUGCGCGCCAGACAGUAGGUAUUCGAAUGACGACUACUCUUGGUUACAUGUAUUCAUGUUUAGUGUUGACAUUACCCUCGGUUGAUACCUUAUUAAUGGAACAAUGGGAACUUCUCUUCCCGAGCAUUGAAAGUUGAAAUACAAGAAUCAUUGAA